AUGCCUAGCACGUCGCUAGUGACGGGGGCGAGUGGCUACAUCGCAAGUCACUUAGUAAAACAACUCCUCGAGCUCGGUGACACUGUCCAUGCAACAGUACGCAGCUUGAAGAAUGAGAAGAAGAUCAGCCAUUUGCUCGAAUUGCAGAAAGAGUGGCCUGCAAAUCUAAUCUUAUAUGAAGCGGACUUGAAUAUCGCCGAAUCUUUUGAUGAAGCAGCGCGGGACUGCGUGACCGUCUAUCAUGUCGCAUCACCUUUCCUGAUGGAAGAGCAGAUAAAAAAUGCUAAAAAGGAGGUCAUUGAGCCUGCUCUGAAGGGCACUCAAAACGUCCUAGCCGCAGUUGAACGGAGCACAAGUGUGGAAUUGGUUGUCAUGACUUCGACUGUCGGGGCGAUCUUUGGUGAUUACGCGGAUGUUCUUCAAAUGGACAACAGAACGCUGGCUGAGCAAUACUAUAACACCACCAGCUCACCUACCCACAACGCUUACCAUUAUUCAAAGGUCAUAGCGGAAAAGGAAGCAUGGAGAUUGUAUGAGGCUCAGCAAGCGAAAAGAUGGAAAUUGAUGACCAUCAACCCGGGUUUGGUACUUGGGCCUUCACUCUCGCCAAAUUCCGAUUCCGGAAGCCUGUUCCUUUUAGACGAGCUGAUGAGGGGGAAAUUGUGGUUCGGUGUUCCAAACAUAUGGUUCACUACAGUCGACGUGCGUGAAGUUGCUCAGGCGCAUAUAAGAGCUGCACAAAACCCAAAAGCAAAUGGCCGAUACAUUCUCGCACACGAAGAGAUGACGAGUUUCAAGGCAAUAUCGCUCAUGAUCCGCAAGCAUUGCUCGACUUCCAUCCUCAUACCACGACAUCAGAUCCCGACAAUUGUGACCAGAGUGGUAGGGCCAUUGUUCGGGCUUACUCAGAAAUGGAUGUCAUUAAACCUUGGGGUCAAGUUUGCGGUCGACAAUAAGCGAAGCAUCACGGAGCUAGGAAUCGAAUACAGACCUCUUCAGGAGACGAUUGUGGACCAUUGGAAAUCCUGGAAGUCAAGCUCGAAAUAG